AAACCGGGGGCUAAUGUCUCGAUAGCUUCACUAGAUGGCAGUAGCGGUCUGUCAUCUGAACUGAACAGCACCGAGGAAGAAGAAAACGCAGUCACAGGUCACCGGUAUCCCGAGAAGUAGGAGGAGAAAGCCGGCUGAAGCCUUGCGUUUAGCUUUAUGAUCUCGGUUAACAUCUGAGAUCUACCUUCAUUAUUUUCUUUAGUUGAAAGCGAUCAUCAUGGCCAAGAAGAGAAGCGGUAACCGUGAGACCGAGAGCAGUCCGCUGAUAGAGCAGGAGCCGAGGCCCUCUAAAGAAACCCCUGUCCUCAAAGGAGCCCAGUCACCAGGAGGAGCCUCUGCACGCAUGUCAAUCCUCCUCCUCAUCACUAUCUUUGCCUGUUCUGCUUGUGUCAUGUAUCUGGUGUUCAGAAAUUUCCCAGAACUGAGCGAAGACGAGAGAGAAACAAUCAAAAUUCCCAAAGACAUGGAUGAUGCCAAGGCAUUGGGCACAGUACUGUCCAAAUACAAGGACACAUAUUACACUCAAGUACUUUUAGCGUACUUUGCUACAUAUAUCUUCCUUCAGACGUUCGCCAUCCCAGGCUCCAUAUUUCUCAGUAUACUGUCUGGUUAUCUCUACCCUUUUCCAUUAGCUCUCUUCCUGGUCUGUCUGUGUUCAGGCCUUGGAGCAUCUUUUUGCUAUAUGCUGUCUUAUUUAGUCGGGAGGCCGAUGGUCUACAAGUACCUCACAGAGAGAGCUCAGAAAUGGUCACAACAGGUGGACAAGCACAGAGAGCACCUCAUUAAUUACAUCAUUUUUUUGAGAAUAACUCCUUUCCUUCCAAACUGGUUCAUCAACAUCACCUCACCCGUCAUUAAUGUGCCUCUGGGUGUCUUCUUCCUGGGCACCUUUCUUGGAGUGGCCCCUCCAUCGUUUGUGGCGAUAAACGCAGGGACGACGUUGUACAAGCUGACCACAGCUGGCGAGGCUGUGUCCUGGAACUCUCUUCUCGUGUUGGGGGUUUUAGCUGUUGUCUCCAUCCUGCCCGUCUGCUUUCAGAAGAAAAUCCAGCAGAAACUUGAGUAGAGAUCACCACCCCUGCUUGAUUCAACUCAGGAAUGAUACUGGUCCUCUAAACUUCUCCUUGCUUUCUUCUCUUCUUUUGUGCAUGUACGACAGCCUCGUUUCAUCAUAUGAUGGGCAGCCAUUGGCUGUCAGGACCGGCCUUCCAUUGUUUCGACAGUACUUUCAUGGGAUGAAAAAUUCUAUCAUCACCGAUUCCCUCUAGCGUUAAGCAAUAUUUUCCACAUCAAUGUCUUCAGUGGAUUUUCAAUAUUUUCCACAAAACAGCAAUGAUUAAUGUGAGAUACACUGGAAGAGACAUAUUUUCACUCCCUCUGAAGUUGCUGAGCUAAAAUGGAAAGUGCCAACUGCAACCUUUUUCGUUCUUACGGCUAGUUUAAUAUUCAAACGCAUUUGAGAAUGAGGUAUUACAUGCUUCAGAAACCUUUUAAGGGUGAGCUUUGUGGGUUUUAUGCUUUUCUUUCUUGUUUCUCAUGCCGGAUGAGACUGCAGUAGGGAUCUGAAUGGACGAUCUCUUAACAGUGCCCUGUGUACUGCUGCUAACUGUAGAUGAUAGUGCUUAGCUCUUGUUAUAGACCUAAUUUUUCCCCGAAAACUGAUAAAUAUGGAUGCUGCCACAUUAGUAUUACAGAUCAAGACUGUAGAUUGCAUAUAAUAUAUUACAGGUUACUUGAAGUAAAAGAAAUGGAACUAAUACACUGACAUCACACGUACUGAACUAUUAACACCAGUUUUAGCAUUUCAAACUGUUUUUCUUCCUUUACAUUUGGAUGCAACUGAUUGAAAUAGUCAAAAUGCCAAAUUAUUGAUUUGAGGUUUUUUUUGUUCAAACGAAGUAGUACAUAAUUUAAAUUAAGUUGUAUAAUAUUGUCUUUCUUUUAUAAUAUUCAUUUUAGCCACGUGACAGAGGGAAGUAUUACAUUUUGGAAAUAUAAGAGAUUGGUAACUGUUACAGUUGGUUUUCUGGACCUAGUCAAGCCAAGCCACUGUAAAUUAUUUUUUAAAUUAAAUAUGUCUAUUUAAAGGAAUAAUUCACUCAGAAAUUUGCUGAAAAUGUAAACAAGAUGUAGAGUUUGUUUCUUCAUCAGAACAGAUUUGGAGAAAUUUAGCAUUACUGCUCUUGCUCAGCGAUGGAUCCUCUGCAGUGAAUGGGUGCCGUCAGAAUGAGAGUCCAAACAGCUGAUAAAAACAUCACAAUAAUCCACAGUUGAUCAAAACAACUCCAGUCCAUCAAUUAAUGUCUUGUGAAGUGAAAAGCUGUGUGUUUGUAAGAAACAAGUCCACCAUUGGACUGUAAUCGUGUGGAUUAUCGUGAUGUUUAUUAUCUCAGUCUGACGGCACCCAUUCACUGCAGAGGAUCCAUUGGUGAGCAGGUGAUGCUAAAUUUCUCCAAAUCUGUUCUGGUGAAGAAACAAACUCAUCUGUUAUACCUUGGAUGGCCUGAGGGUAAGUAAUUUUCAUUUUUGGGUCAAUUAUAAAUUUAAUUGAUGAAACUUUAUUCAGUUAAAAUUGCCUUUCAUUAAAAUAAAUCAGUCUUAAAAAAUGUCUUACAUUUUGUAUAAAACCUGCAAUACUGUUUCCUGUUUUUCCUGAAAAACAGUCUUUAAACCUUCAAUAUACUCGUUUCCUGACUGGAAAGGAAACUGAAUCAACAAUAUGUGCAAAGAGGAUUGAUAAGCCAUUUGCACUGAAAUUUCUCUUAAGUGGAAUGGUGUGAUGAGGCACGGUUCUUAUUCCAGAUAUCAUUACACUGUUACCUCAUUUGAGUUGUUCUCUCAUGUUGCAUUAAUUUAUAUCUGCAGUUUUUAUUUGAAUGUCAAACCUAAUGUUUAGUUUUUGUCAUCUGUAAAUGUCUAAAUGUUCCCAGCAGCUCUUGACGUAACAUAGAUGGCAUUAUGCGGUUGUUGUGCAACAGUUUCAAGCCUCUGUAAACUGUUUAACUGUCUCUUUGACCCAUUUAUAAUUUACUAAGUUGUACUCAUCCUGAUUUUUCUCUAGCAUAUUUUUACAGAACUCUAUCAAUAAAUUAAGGUUACUGAUUACAGUAUUACAAGA